AGGAACGCAACGGCUGAAUCAUGAAUGCAGAAACUUUUGAUAUUCCACGAAUAUCAGCUCCAUCUGACCAGGACUUUAGAACAAACUACCUGCGAAAAGGUGUUCCAGUUGUUAUAACAGAUGUAGCAGACAAAUGGCCUGCAUCACAAUGGACUCUAGAUGAGCUUUCAAGAAAGGCGGGACAUAAUAAGGCAUUUAUUAGGCAACAAACUGACAAGGAAUCAUAUAAGGUUGGUAAAUCAUACAGCAUAAGGGAAAGUCCCUUGAGGGACUAUAUCGAUGACAUCAGAGCUGAAAACAGCAGAGCAAGGAGUUCUUACCUGGCGGUGCAGAAUAUUCGCAGCACAUUUCCUGAGUUAGAGGCUGAUAUCGACAUACCCGGAUACGUUGAAAAGUUACAUGGUGGUCCAUAUCUCUGGAUUGCCAUGAAAGGACAUUAUGAAUUUUGUCACUUUGAUCCAGAUGAUGGUCUUCUUGUCAUCUUGAAUGGUUCUAAGAGGGUCAAGCUAUAUGGGUGUGACAUUCAACCUUUGUACCCUAACCCGCUGGGGUCAAGAGGUCGUACUAUUCAGGCACAGGUCAACUGCGAUACACCGGACCUAAAAGCUUUUCCCAAGUUUAAAGGGGUGCAGUGUCACCAGUGUACUCUGAAUGCUGGAGAAAUGUUAUUUAUUCCUGCUUUCUGGUGGCAUCAAGUGACUUCUCUAGAAAUGACUAUCUCUAUCAAUUUCUUCUAUGGUGAUGCUGGAGAUAAUAUCUACCUAACAAAGAUUAUGGAGCCCAUGAGAUGGCAGGCCUUCUCCCACUGGUUCCUCAACAUCGUGGAGCAGAACAGACCGUUUGAGUCCUUCCAGCGAGUCUUGGAGAACCUCCCUGAUAGCCUUAGGAGCUUCUUUCUCAAGACAUGGCAUGAGAAACCAUCACAGGACCAGCAAGAUAGACUAGUGAAACUGGUCCUGGAACACCUUAAUUUGGACUCUAUCCCUGUAGGUUCAGUAAGGACUAGUAAGCACCCGCCGGUGAUGAAAAUCAGGGGUCUACUCUGGCGGAAAUGAAAGAUUAUUGACGAAUUAAGAGAGGCAAUAUUAGUACUGUCUGGUCCUAGAACUCUCUCUAUGGACUCUACCCCCUGAAGGCUCACCUAGGACUAGUAAACACCUGCCAGUGAUGAAAGUCAGGGGUCCACUUUGGCGGAAAUCAGGGCCCGCCUUACGAGUUACGAUUGAUCCAAUUAAUCGUAAUUCUAUGGAAAUCCACCAUGUCAUAAUUUUUUCUACAGGAAAUUUUCACAAUGUCUUUUGUAACCAAAGAGAAACACAGUGAAUUUUCAAGGAAACGAUGAAUACAUCAUAGCUAGAAAAUAUUUUGAACAAACAUGCAAAAUAGAUGUUGACGUUGUUGGCCGCCCAUAGUUGCGAUUGAUCAGAUCAAUUGCAACUCUUUGUAAGACAGGGCCUUGAUGAAUUCAGAUGAGAUGCAAUAUAUGUACAGAUGUCAUCUGCUGGUGGUUAUUAACUAGUCUGUCAACUUGGACACUGAGUACCAUGAUUGCCAAGUACACAGCCCCAACCUUGAAGAUUGCAGAAUUGUCAUUGGCUGAUGGUGAAGCACUCUUGAGCUGUGGCAAAUUGUUAUCUUGAUACUCAAUGCAUUAGCCAAUGAAAGAGACAUAAUUUGUAUUUUCAAGAACUCACAGUUUUGAAGAAUAUUGUCAAAAAAACUGCAGAACAACUCAUCUUUAGCAGAAAUGUCAGUUCUGGUAGCGGUCAGUCUCAAGUGGAGUGUGAACAAAAUCCAAAAAUUCAAAAUCUGUAAAAUGGUCAUUUAAGCGUUUGUAUGCA